UUCCGGGUCACGGGGACGGCGGGGUGGGAGUGUCCGUCAUGGAGUCGCUCGGGAGGCUGAAGCGGUUCGAUGCGUUUCCCAAGACUCUGGAGGAUUUUCGGGUUAAGACCUGCGGUGGUGCGCUCGUGACUGUAGUCAGUGGACUUGUCAUGCUCUUACUGUUCUUCUCGGAGCUCCAGUACUAUCUCACAAAGGAGAUUCACCCAGAAUUAUAUGUUGACAAAUCAAGGGGAGACAAACUGCGGAUAAACAUAGAUGUUUCCUUUCCACAUAUGCCAUGUGCUUAUUUGAGCAUUGAUGCAAUGGACGUAGCUGGAGAGCAACAGCUAGACGUUGAACACAACCUCUACAAACAGCGCUUGGAUAAAGAUGGCAAGCAUGUGACUCCAGAGGCAGAAAGACAUGAGUUGGGAAAAGAAGAGGAGAUACUAUUUGAUCCAAACUCUUUAGACCCUGAUCGAUGUGAAAGUUGUUACGGGGCAGAAUCUGAGGACAUCAGAUGCUGUAAUACUUGUGAUGAUGUGAGAGAAGCAUACAGGCGGCGUGGCUGGGCUUUCAAGAAUCCAGACACCAUAGAACAAUGCAAGAGAGAAGGGUUUAGCCAGAAAAUGCAGGAGCAGAAAAAUGAGGGCUGCAAAGUAUAUGGCUUCUUAGAAGUCAACAAAGUAGCUGGCAAUUUUCACUUUGCACCAGGAAAAAGCUUUCAGCAAUCUCAUGUUCAUGUUCACGCUGUUGAGAUUCAUGAUCUGCAGAGCUUUGGACUUGACAAUAUAAACAUGACCCAUUUUAUCAAGCACCUCUCAUUUGGGAGGGAUUAUCCUGGCAUUGUGAACCCACUUGAUGGGACAGUUGUCACAGCACACCAAGCAUCCAUGAUGUUCCAGUACUUCGUAAAAGUGGUCCCCACAGUGUACAUGAAGGUCGAUGGUGAGGUGGUGAGAUCAAAUCAGUUUUCAGUAACACGACAUGAGAAAGUAGCUAACGGGCUAAUUGGAGACCAGGGACUCCCUGGAGUGUUUGUGCUUUAUGAGCUUUCUCCCAUGAUGGUGAAACUAACAGAGAAACACAGGUCCUUUACACAUUUUCUCACAGGAGUCUGUGCCAUCAUUGGAGGGGUAUUUACAGUGGCAGGACUCAUUGAUUCUUUGAUAUAUCAUUCAGCUCGGGUCAUUCAAAAGAAAAUAGAACUUGGAAAAACAACAUAGAUUAUCAGGUGCAAUCCCCUCUGAAGAACUUGAAGGAAUUAAAAACAAAUGGUCAAUGGUCAUUUUGAGGGUGCCAAGAAGAUCCCUGGAUUUGUCCGAAGACUGGAACUAUCAGUCUCUCUUUGCAAGUAAAAUGGGGGAUUAAUUUAAACAUCCAUCUGUUGUGGCAGUGCUGUAUACCCUAGAUUUCAGUACUUGUCUUAUAUGUUGGCCUAUCUCUCAACUUCUAGAAUAUGAAAUGAAGUGAAAUCAAGAAUAUGGAACACAAGACCUUUACAUGUGGAAAACAAAUAUUUUCUAUUUAAUUUGUACACAGUACCCUUAGGAUGUUUGUUUGGACCAAAUUCUCAGGAAAAAAGUUUUAAUAAAGUCGUGUAAUAUUUGC